AUGGCCACUAAAAGUAAUGACUCACAACCGAAUCUUGCAAAUUGGUGCAGAGGUGAAGGGCUCGAUCAGGCACAUGCCAUUCUAGUUGUCGGAGUGCCUGAAGAGGAGGACCUAUCCACAGUAGAAGAAACACUCGAACAAGUAAAAACCUUGGGCAAGCAGUCGAUCCUACCAAAGUCCCUGCCAGAGUUGAUUUCCUUUAAGGAUGGAAGUAAAUGGACAAUAGUUGUUGCAGAGCAAGAAACAAACUCCGACCUAUUCACAGAGAAGUUGGACAGAUUUCUACGUGAUGAAGGGAAAACAUUGGAGGAUGUUAAAAGACUAUGUGAUCCUAGAACUCCAUGGAACAGCAGCCCUGAGUCAAUCAUUCGGGUGGUAGGUGAUGUGUUGCAGUCCAAGCCAAAUGAAAGCAAUUUAUACCGUCGCUUUAGAAUCUUCUCAGGAGUCUACCCUACUCCACCUGGUGAAGACAACUUGGAUAGCUGGCUAGAACAAGUAAAGUUCAUGACUGAUGAGUAUGAGUGCUCAGAUAAGGAGAAACGCCGAAGAAUUAUUGAGAGUCUCAAAGGGCCAGCGCUGGAGAUCAUUCAAGCAGUGCGCAUGUCUAAUCCCCUGGCAAACCAUGUGGACUACAUACAGGCAUUGGAAAGUACCUUUGGUACCGCAGAAUCCGGUGAGGAACUGUAUCUCACAUUCAGAGCUAUGCAUCAAAGACAAGGGGAGUGCUUGUCUAACUUCUUGCUGAGACUGGAAAGAUUACUGAACAAAGUCGUGCAAAAAGGAGGCCUACAAGUAGAUGAAGCCAACCGAGCAAGGCUUGAGCAACUCAUUAAAGGUGCCACUGAAUCAGACUUUAUGCUGCUUCAGUUAGGUCUUAGAGGUAAGCGAAGUGAUCCCCCGACAUUUUUAAGUCUACUGAAAGAAGUUCGAGAAGAAGAGGAGCGUGAAGCUGCAAGACAAAAACUGAAAAAACCAGCACAGAGAUGGCACGUGCAUGCAGUGCAAGUAGCAAGCGAAACAGACUCCAGAGAUUGUCAGCAACAUGAGUUUCAGUCCGAAAUUCAAGUGCUAAAAGAAAAGCUGAAAGAGCUCAGUAAGCAGUCUCAUUCUACAGAGUCAAGCCACAAAAAGAUGUCCAGAGAAAAGAAAAAAGAGAAACCAGACACAAGCAGCGAAGUGCAACAGUUAAGAAAAGAAGUCAAAGAGCUGAAAACACAGUUAAGUGUCAUGUCGGUAACGCCACAACAUUAUGCAAAAGAGAGAGGACACUAUUCUAAGUUCAAAGCGGACUUCAGUCCAAAGUCAUCUACCUUUAAGCCAAAGAGUAGUAAAGAGUCAGAUAAUUUCUGCCACAGAUGUGGAGAAAAUGGCCAUUUUGCAAACAAAUGUACAGCUCCGGAAAAUGCUCAAAAGGUAAUCAAAAAGCUUAUUCAUCAAGUGCAUGGAAGCCCAAAUGGACAAAGUCAAAGUACCGACGCUCAAGAUCAGUGUGUUGCUCGAGUUAAUACUACCAACGUUCUGUAA